AAGACAAAAAAGGUAUUAAAUUACCCCAAAGUUCAAAUGGAUUGACAGUUCCCUAAGGUGGAAAAUGCAGGGAUUUGCUUCCUUGGUUUGCAUUCUUCAACUCUAUAUACUACAUGUUGGAAGACCUUACCAAUUAACUUCAAUGUAUAAGGAAACUAUUUUAGGACGAGAUUCCUUGUUUGAUGGCUCGACACCAAAAAACACUCAGUACAUUUUGACAAAUAUGGAGGAAACUACUCGUUCUUCGUGUGUUAUAUUUUGUUUAAUUUACUCGUCCGAGUGUGCGAGCAUUUUGUAUGAUGAGGAGCUGCGAUCGUGUCGACUUCUUUUAACUCACCUCAGCUUAAAUUUAACAAACGUUCCUACUCACAACACACCUAAUGACCAGUCGCAAUACUGGGCAAGACUUAAAGUCUGCGAGGAUGGAUGGUAUCCCUUUGCGAGUCACUGUUAUUUCUUCUAUGAAACAAAAGUAACUUUUGAUGAAGCCUUGAUUUUUUGCAGAGAGAAAGAAUCUUAUUUAUUGGAAUUACAAUCAUCUCUUGAGAUUAGCUGGAUCGUAGAUUCAUUUCUUCUUCCUGUCAGUGGUGUUGAUGAACAGUGUCCUGAAUUCUACAGCUGUUCCAUGUGGACGGGGGCUACAGACUUCAACACCACGACUAAAUUUAUCUGGACACACAGUGAUACGGACAUGGUUUUCCCGGAAUGGGGCUCAGGCCAACCCAAUAACGCAGGAGGAGACCAGCACUGUAUCUCCCUUAUGCGUGAUAGUAAAGCAAACGAUGUGUCUUGUGUUUUACGCUAUCAGGUCAUCUGUGAAAGGGAGUAA